UGACGAUGACGAUCAGAUCGGAGAAGAUGAAUGGAGGAAAGGAAUGUAAUCUAGAGCUGCUGUCAUGAUAACGUCUAACUCAUAACGAAGUCGCUGAACGCAAGAGCACUCCGUACUCGAGAUAAUGAAGGAGUGAUGAGAAGGAAGAAUGACGGGGAGAGGGAGAGCGAGGAAGCUGAGAGAAGAGAAAAGCAGCAUCGAUGAACAAAGAAUGGAUCGUCUACGUGGGAUAGCUGCCCGGUUCGCAGAUCCGAUAAUUGUUCGUGCCUGUAUCAGGGGUAGAAGUGGUCCAGGUCUCCGUAAUCCAUCAAGACAAGAUGGGGCUGAGCCGGCGGACGGGAGGGGACCAGUGAAAAGAAAUUGCGAGCUAGAUGCGCAUUGCGCCGGUCACGCUCGAUUCAUGGGACGAGGAGUUGACGGCUUAGGGCCAUGGACCAACCGACCGCGCGCACCAGUCAGAAGCCGAGUAUUCGCGCGGAAUGGAGCACACGAACACCUAUGAAAUUAGCGCGGAGAGGAUGAACGUGCCCUUGCACCUAUCGGGUAGUUGAUCGUCCACCAACAGCGAACCACGACCUG